ACGAGGAGGUGCAGCAGCAGAAGCACCAGUACGACGGCCUCAUCAAGGAAGUCAUGGUAGGCAGAGAGGGGGAGAGAUCAGGGCGAAAGAUCUUCGUCAGUGUGUGUCUGUGUGUCUGUGGGCUCUUUAGGCUGUGAGUGCCUUCCUGAAGCCCGUCAGUGGCGACGAUCCCAUUCGCUCGGUGGAGGUCUGUGGCCAUCUCAUCGCGACGGCCGAGUCCACACUCACUGAGAUGGGCAACGUCGCACUGGCGAGCAGAUUCCAGCUGUAAGUGACCACCACACACACACCACACACGAGGCGGGCAGGGAACAGUCGCUCCCUCUUUGGUCGCUUUGUGUGUGUGGCCAGGUGGCCCGCUGCCGUCGAGGACGUGUCGGAGGAGCACAUCCGUCGACUGGUCGACUACCACCGCCGCAAACGACACGCCGCCGCCGUCGCUGACGAGUGUCUGCAGGGCUGCGUGGCUGUGCCGCUCAAGAUGGGCAACGGCCCCAAGCAGGACUUCUUCAACAAGACAGCCGCCAUGUACGGUGUCGAUCUCAGUGGCAUCGAUCUCAGGUAACCCUGCCCAAUGAUCAUACUUAUUCUUACCCUCUGCGUGUCUGUGCAGCGUCGAGACUGAGGAGAGUGCGGAGGUGGUGCAGCAGGGCACAACCACGGCCGCGGCCAAGAAGGCGGCCAAGAAGCUCAAGGUGCGGCUGAUUCGAUCCAUCGGCGGUGCCUGGUGUGCCAUCUUGUGUCGUUGCUGUGUUGGGUUGGGUUUAGGAUUCCAACGAGCCCAAGAGGGCCCGUAGCGCAUUCAUUCUGUUCACGAUGGACCGCCGCGACGAACUCAUCGCGCAAGAUCCUAACUUGUAUGGGCGCGUGACGGUACGCUCACACUCUCACAGACACACAACGCACCGACCGAUGCCCAUCAAGCUGACAGCGGCCAUCCAUCUGCGUGUGUGUGUGUUGUCUGGAUGGAUCGAUGUCUUCGUCACUCAGGAGGUGUCCAAGAUAUGUGGGGCCGAGUGGAAGAGCAUGACGGACGAGCAGCGCAACUCUUACAAGAUCAAAGCCGAGAAGGACAAGGUCAGACACACACCAACACACACACACACAGACACAGACACAGGGGGGUCAGUUCUUGUGCACGGCGCCCUAUGUGUAUGUAUUGUCUGUGCGUCAGGCGCGUUACGAGCGGGAGAUCAUCGAGUACCACAAGCAAUUGGCGGCCGUUGACGGAGAUCCUCAGCCCGGUGGCAUCUCGCGCGACCAAGUCAUGCAGAAGCCCGUCGUCUUGCCCAAGUUUCCCCUCGGCGGCAAGGGCAAGGCCACGGACAAAUCCGCACCGCCGCCCUGGGCCAGGCCGGCCGCCAAGAAGGUCAAGGUACGCGGCAACAUUCCCAGCAUCCAAGAGGCGCUGGACGAGGCCAUCGCGGGGCCGGCGCCCAUCCCCAGCAAGAUGGGCCAGAAGGCCAGCGCUGCCAAGACGGAGACACAGGAGGACAUGGUAUGCUGGCACACAUCGGCUCACGUGACUGCAUACCCAUUACCAUCUUUCUGUGUGUUCUGAGGCGCUAGGGUGACGAUGGCUGA